CCGAGUUCCGGUCACACUUUUACCCCAUGGGGAUGGACCGGGGUCAUGAAGCCGUGCAGAGCUACCGAGAAUCUGGUCUGAUCUGGACUCUAGGCGGGGGCUGGAAAACCUGGAGUUGGUUGCAUGUGUUGUCGACGGCUCUUCCAAAAUAUAUGAAUAGCAUGGUAUCUCGUCGUAUUCUCAGAUUUGGGUCAUCAUUGAUGCUUCAAUCAGGAGCCUGCGACACCUCUGCCAGCAACCCAACGGCGACAACCUCGAAGAUCACGCAGAAAUUUCAACCUUCAAGAUGGGCGUAUUCUCGAAGAAAAAGGGAGCGGAGCUAGCCGUGGGGUCGGCUCUUGCAGCUGUUCUACCCGCGAAUCCCAAGCCGUGGUACUUGACGCCUCACCUACUCAAAUUGAAUCUGCUGUUGCUGGUGCCUUUGUUCUCUUCUGCAUCUGUAGGCUACGAUGGCUCGAUGAUGAACGGCUUGCAAACCCUUCCUCAAUGGCGCCAAUUUUUCGGAAAUCCUGAGGGUGCUAUUCUCGGUCUCAUGAAUGCUGUAUAUCCUCUCGGCAAAGUUGUAGCACUCUUCAUCGUAACCUACAUCUCGGACAGAUAUGGGCGGAAGCUCCCUCUGGUUCUAGGCUUAGUAGCUUGCAUUGGAUUUGCCAUCUUGCAAGGCAUGUCUAAAGACCUUCCUAGCUUUGUCAUAGCAAGAGCUUUGCUGGGGUUCUUCACGACUUUCAUCAGCCAGCCGAGCCCUAUUCUGAUUACUGAGUUGGCGUACCCUACCCACCGCGGCCGAAUUACAGCUUUAUACAACACAUUCUUCUACUUUGGCUCCAUAUUUGCUGCAUGGUGCACGUUUGGAACCUUCAAGAUUGCGUCCACAUGGAGCUGGCGAAUUCCGUCUAUACUGCAAGGGGCAGUCCCCAUCAUCCAACUCAUGGGUGUUUACUUCAUACCUGAGUCCCCUCGCUGGCUGAUGCGCCGUGGUCGGAAGGACGAGGCUAGAAAGGUUUUCGCCGAUUGUCACGCUGGCGGCAACCUCAAUGACCCUCUCGUCGACUUUGAGAUGCGCGAAGUCGAACUUACUCUGGGAGAGGAGGCCGAAGCCAUGUCCCAGUCAUCUUGGCUCGAACUUGUGCGAACCCCUGCCAACCGAAAGCGAACACUCAUCGCCUGUAUUGUUGGCUUCAGCUCCCAGUGGAAUGGGGUCGCAGUGGUCAGCUACUACUUGAGUCUCGUGCUCAACACUAUCGGCAUUACUGAAGUCAAGGACCAGACUUUGAUCAAUGGAAUGCUGCAAAUCUUCAACUGGAUCAUUUCAACCUUCCUCGGAGCGCUCAUGGUAGACCGGCUGGGUCGACGACCAUUAUUCUUGAUCUCCACGGCAGGCAUGCUUGCGAGUUACAUCGCUUGGACCGGAUUGACGUCUCACUUUGUCGCCAGCCAUAACGAAGCAACUGGAAGAGCAGUCGUAGCCUUCAUUUUCAUCUUCUACUUCUUCUACGACAUUGCUUGGACGCCGCUCCUGCAAGCCUACCCUGUGGAGAUUUUCCCAUACACCCUUCGUGGUCGCGGCUUGUCGGUCACAUACAUCACUGCCUUCACUGGUCUGAUCAUCGGCAAUCAGGUCAAUCCGAUUGCGAUGAAGGCGAUCGCAUGGAAGUACUACAUAGUCUUCUGCUGUAUUCUCGGAGUCUUGUUUGUUGUGAUCUGGUUCCUUUUCCCCGAAACCAAGGGUCACACACUGGAGGAAAUUCGUGAGGUCUUCGAGGGCAAGUCUGCGAAUGCCAAGGUCGAAGACGUCGAGGGCGGCGAGGAUGAAGAGACUAAGAAAGAUGGCAAGAUCAAACAGGUUGAGCUGGCAUAAUUGAUGACUGACAUCUCAUGAUCUCAAUCGGGCGCACGUAUUUUUCAGGCUACAAGUCAAGUUAGGAAGUUUUCAACGGGAGAAUACAGACAGUCCAGCUACAAUGAAAUGCAAUUUAACUCCAGAUCAACGAGCUCGAGGUUUCUAUGGUAACCGUGAGUGAUGUUCACAGUCGAAGACAUCGGCCCAUUUGCCAGCCGCAACUCAAGGCUUAGUUGCAUCGGCGGCGUAUCGG